AAAUUUUUCACUGCGAAUUAACGAUUUGUAAUUUUUAUGUUAAAAUUCGAACACGGCCACUUAUGCGCAACAAUGAAGCUAAUAUGGAUUUUGGUUUUGAUCGUCGUUAAAGUUAACACAUUUAUCUUGACUAUACAUGGUGAAAGGCUGGUGCAUUUGUAUGACCCUGCAAAUUACAAUGGUCCGGCAUCUUCCCGUGUGCAGAGAAGUGUUGAAGGUGUCCCAUGUAACCCCGCAGCCAACAGCACCAAUGGGAAAGCAUUAUGCCCUUUGGCAUACACAGCUUGCAAUCCUAACACUCUUAAAUGCGAAUGUGACAAAACCAUUUCCAUGGGAGUGUUCGAAAACGAAUUUCCUGAUUUUGUGACGUGCGUUCCUUUUGAAUACGUCAGAUUGACCGGCAAUUGUAUAAAAUCAGCUGAUGUGUGCAAACUUAUCGUGCCCGGCGCAUUUUGUGAUCAUCCGCCUCGAAGAAGGGAAAAGAAAAGCUACGGCAAAUGCGCAUGUGAACACGGAGGCCUGUAUCCAAACUGCACAGUCAGGAUCGGCACACUCUGCCAACAUGAUCUUACCUGCUCAAGAGAUGUUCCGAAUUCUUACUGCGCAAUUGCUGAGAAAUCAGACAAAGGCCAGUGCGCUUGCGGCAAAUUCUCCGACGGAAGGGCGUAUAUUCCAAAUGCAUCAGGUACAACGUGCCUGCCGGCCAACUGCGCUGCCAAACCUUGCCAGGGUCCCGCUUCCGCUUCCCAGUGCUACGACAUCAAAGACAAAGCAUUGGAAGGAUAUGAAUGUCGCUGCAACACAAACGCAAAAGGACGUUCGCAUUCACUUGAUCUUAGUGGAGGAGCUGCAACACAAGUCGAAGGAAUCUGUUGUCCGGCUAAUCAAGUUCCUUGUGGUGAUUACAAAAAAUGCUUAUUUAUCGAAGAUCUAUGCAACGGCAAAGUUGACUGUGAGGAUUGUUCGGAUGAAACGGCUUUCUGCAGUGGAAGACCGCCUACAAACAACCCGCAAUGCCGUGUUGCAGGACAACAGCCGACUACGGUGCAAUCUCUUUAUCCCAGCAUUUUCCAGAUACAAGCUCUGAGACCAUCGGAAAUUUUUGUUCAAGAUUCCAGCCAUAGCGCAGGUUCUCCGACAGCUACUGGUGCACAGCCGGCAAUCGGUGCCGCUGCAAAUUCUCUUGGUUUAGACAGUGUCAUCCCGGGUAGAGCUCUUCCGCUUUUCAGCCCCCCGCUUUUAGGCGGAUUCAUAAACGGGAUGGAGAUGCCGCAGGUAUAUGGCAUAUCAGGCCGCUAAAGGGCAACGGUUACUGACUUCAUUACUGUGCUAGUUGUACAUAACAUCGUUGAUUGUUUGCCAUUGUUAGUACCCGAAACACGAUGGAUGCUUGUAAUGAUUUCAUUUUUACUUGA